AUGGCCACUUUGCCAGCUCCCCCUUCGGGUGCAGCAGCUGCAAUUAAUUUAUUGGGGGGCAACCCGAGCACGUUUGCGGCUACAGCGCCAGUUGUGCCCGCUGCACCAGCGGUGCCCGCCGCACCAGCGCCGCCCCCGACACGUGAUGACGAUGUGCUUGGGGCUGUGAUGGCCAAAGCCGGCCCCCGACUUUCAGUGCCGAACGCACCGCCAUUGCCGCCAACUGCACUGUCAAGCAUUUCUGCUGACAUCACAAGCACAAAUGCAAAGACGGCAGACGGCCAUCUUGUCCGCAUCGAGCAGAGCAGAAACGAUGCCAGUGUGCUAGAGGGUUUCUUGCGCAAGCAUGCUCCCAGCGACAGCGCGGUCGAAGGCAUGGAAAGGCGCAAGCCGCCUCCGAUCGCAAUACCUCCGAACAACGUGCCACAAGCUUCCACGCAGGCGCAGCAUGACGAUGCCAUUCUGCGCCAGCUCGUGGCAAAGGGUAACGGCAACAAUGGCCGCAUGGAAGGCGCGCUGCAGGCCAAACGGGACGCUGCAGCAUCGGCGCAGAUGUUAAGGUUCGCAGAAGGCGCUCCAGGAACGCGCGGAACCAAAGCUGAAGGUUCUCAGCGUGGCGGCUACGCCGAGUUUGGUCUCCUGGACGGCCGAGGACAGCUUCGUUAUGGGCUGCCCGUUGCACGGAGAACGGCACAACCGGAGAGGCCGCGCGGAGCCAUGCCGGGAAGAACCGGUGCCAGGCGCGGUUUGGGCCUGGGAGCUGGGCGCGGUGGCCUCUCCAAGGUGAACACCAACAUCAUCGAGGAUCGUGCCAAAGACGAUCUGCAAGAAGAGAACUUGCAGCUGCGAAGGACUCAGGCGGAGAUGAAGUCACGCCUCCAGAAGCUGCAGACGCAAAUGCGCGGUGCCCGGGAAGAUCCUUGGGAAGCAAAGGUCCUGGAGCAGAAGGCCGCUGACUUGGAGCAGCUUCAACGAGCUCUCUCCGCGCCCGGCGGGGGCAAAGCCCGGAAGGCCUCCACAUCUCCUGGAGCUCGCCGCGGCGUCCGCAGCAGGCAGCAAUCACAGCGGGCAGGGGGUGGUCGACUCCGUGGCCGCAUGACAAUCAUGCCCUGGGACCAGGCCUUCCAGAAAGACGACGCUGGUCGCCUGGCAGAUGCUCCAGCUCGAUCGCUGUCCCCAUCUUCUCGGUGCAUGCCACUACCUGCAGUACAUGUACCUACGUCACCGCUGGCACCAUCCCCGUGUGCGAGGCCACCGAGUUUUGGCAGUCUGGUUCCGCCGCCGCCUGCAGACUCGCCAACUGGCAGAGGCCGCGCAUCUCCCAGAGCCCCGCUGGCUCCGAGGGUGGCUCCACCUGCUAGUUUACCGGCGCCUCCUCCGGAUGGGAAGGAGCCGGGGCUGCAGCCGGGCCAUACUUGCCUGGGCCUCUCGCUACCGUCGCUGCCGGAGGUCCCGGCCCUCUCUGUCGCACCUGCCAUGGACGAGCGGGAGAAGCAGCAGGCUCUGGAGCUCCGGGAUCGCAAUCGCGAGCUCUCCAGCCAGCUUGACCGACUGCUGGUGGACAAGUUCUCAGAGGAUGCCUUGCACGACAAGUCCAAGAUAAGGUACAAGGAGAAGAUCAAAGCCAAGGAUGCGAAGAUCAGCUCCUUGGAGACAGCUUUGGAGCGGCUCCGGGAGAAGGCUCGCCACAUCGAAGGCUCCAUGCGCCACGAUGCGCAACAGCUCGGGGCCGAGAAUUCCCAAGCUUGCAGGACCACGCCCAACUGA